AUGGCCCAGAUUCCAGAUAAAAACGUUGAGGAAGUACGGUUCCUGACUUUCAAUGUCAAUGGGUUGCGGACAUUUUUCCACUAUCACCCGUUCAAUAACAUGAACAAUUCACUGGCAAAAGUAUUCGACCACUUUAAGUCAGACAUUAUUACAUUUCAAGAGCUGAAAACUGAUCUCCCGGCCCUUACACGAUGGGGGAAGGUCAAAGGUUACUACUCAUUUAUAUCUAUUCCCGUCAGUAGGCGAGGUUACUCGGGCGUAGGGUGUUGGAUUCGAAUUCCGGAUCCUGAGGAUCCUCUUUUUAAGCUGCUGGAAGUGGUCAAGGCAGAAGAGGGGAUUACUGGUUUUCUAGACGUUAAGUUCAACAAAUCACGGUGUAGGUAUCGUGAUAAUGAAAUGUUGGGCAUCGGCGGAUACGAGUCGCUUGGCAUCGAAGAUGCUCAUGAAGCCUUGGCCUUAGAUUCCGAAGGUAGAUGCGUCAUGGUGGAGCUACAAUUCAAUGUGGUGGUGAUCAACGUUUAUUGCCCUGCUAAUUCUAUGGAUACAGACCAGGGGGAGGAGUUCAGGCUUAAGUUCCUUAAAGUUUUGUUUCGACGCAUUCGAAAUCUUCGAGCAGCAGGCAAGACAAUAGUUCUCAUGGGUGAUAUAAAUGUUUGCCGUGACCUUAUAGACCAAUCUGCAUCCCUGAAAGUAAACGGCAUCACCGUAACUUCAUUGACGAAAGGCACGGCUGUUGAGGCCGAGAACCCGCGGGCCGUGAAGAAUUUCAUAUAUGCACCAGCCAGACCAGCAAGAAGGCUACUUAAUGAAAUGUUAGCCGACUCAGUACUUCCACAUCUUGCAACGACAGGUACCUUGAUUGAUACCACCAGGGAAGUUCAAGGACGGGAUAGAAUGCAAAUGUACACCGUUUGGAAUACCUUGAAAAAUAUGAGACCCAUUAACUACGGCUCUAGGGUCGACUACAUACUAGUUUCUAAGGAGUCUAGGGAUAUGAUCCGAAAAUCCGAUAUCUGGCCGCAUAUCAUGGGCUCGGAUCAUUGUCCUGUUUUUGCAGAUCUACGGUUGAAUACGGGAUUGCGCCCUGGCGAGUCUGAUCGAAAGGUUUCUAGUGUCGUACCCUUUGAGGCAAAGUAUAAGUAUGGCUUAAACCACAUGGACAUCACAAGUAUGUUUUCGAGGGUAGCGAAACCUGCCGCCACUACCAAUACAUCUAUCAAAGAUCAAAAGCGCAUUCACAAGCCGACAAUUGCUACGGUCAAAGAGCGGAACCUGGCCCCAUUCCAAAAUCUUCAAAAUUCACCAUCGCCACACGAUGUUAUGAGAUCGAGCGAAGAUAUUUCAACUAGAGUAACGCCUGCCCCUCUUGUCCCGGCAAAUCGAUCCGAAUCUUUUUUUACUAUGCUAAAUGGAAUGCUCGAAAAGCCCCCUCAAUGCAAGCACAAUGAAAAUGCCAUUAUGAGAACUUCUAAAACAAGUGCUAACCCUGGCAAAAAAUUCUGGGUGUGCGCUAGGCCAAAUGGGGCACCGGCGGAUAGUGAGGCGUCAUGCGGAUUUUUCCAAUGGAAGACUUAA